AUGAGUGAAAAGCAAACGGGAUGCUCCCCGGAGAGCGUAAUCUCCUCGGAGACACACCCCUAUGGCCCGAAUGAUAAGGUCAAAGAAGGCCUUGUCGGGCAAAAUGUGUUGGACCAGCUUGAGCAACCAGUUCAAAUCCAGAAGGUUGUUCAAGAGGCAAUCCUCCUUGCUGGCGGGGCUGCUGCAAUUUUAUUGCAAGUUGCAGAACCAGGUGUUGGAAAGGGUGUGGACGAGCAUAGCAACUUUGCGUACAGGCCCAUGGAUCGUCUGCGAACCACAAUGACCUAUGUGUAUUGCAUGGCUUUUGGGUCUCGAAGUGAAAAAGAGGCUGUCAUCGCGAUGGUCCACCGUGCACACGCCGUUGUAAAAGGGCCAGACUACUCCGCCGACGAUCCCAAUCUUCAACUCUGGGUUGCCGCUACUCUUUACGCGGUCGGCAUCGAACUGUAUCAACAAAUGUUUGGCCGAAUGACAGAGGAAGAUGCGGAAAGUAUCUACCGAGAGUAUUCCGUCCUCGCGGUAUCACUUCGCGUCAGACCGGGAAUGUGGCCGGUGUCACGGAGAGCAUUCUGGGAGUACUGGGACCAUCAAGUCGAGACUAUGCAUAUCACUGAAAAUGCACAAAGAGUUGUGAAGGAUCUUCUCUGGAACAAGGAGUUGCCGCUCCAUAUUCGGUUUCUUCUUCCUCUGGUUCGCUUGACCACAGCCGAGAUGCUACCUAAGCGAAUCAGAGAGGCCUACGGCCUGAAAUCUACAAAGCUUCGACGAGGUGUGUACCGUGUGACUCUUGGAUUCACCAAGGCGACUUAUCCUUGCCUGCCAAAAGCAAUUCGGACUUAUCCGAUGCGUUACUACUUGACGGAUAUGCGGCGUCGACUGAAGAAUAUAUCCUAA